AUGAAGGGGAAUAAACAAUACGAAUGGUUUAAAAAAACUUCCACGGCUGUUCUCAGCAACGACCCGUGUCAUCGCGAUACAGUGUCAUGCACCUCGUUGACAAUUUCCGGCCACGUCCAAGUGGGGUAUCUCGAAAAAAACUUGAAUAUAACGAUCAUCUUAACAGCAACACGAGGAGCUGCUGCUCCAAAAGGAGUGAAAAAAUUUUACUUUUUAAGUGCGACAAAUACAGAAUCUACUGCCAAAGACCUGAUUUUCGUUUUCAUCAUUGCUACCAAAACAGUUGGAGCAUGGAGGAGAAAAAGCCUCCAACCUCAAAGACAAUGUCAAUUGGAUUUAGACUACCUGGAAAGGGGAGGUGACAUAUGGCGAUUGGAGGUAACUGACAGUACAUCUAGAGAAGAAGAAAAUUCUUCUGACAGUCUGGAACAAGUUAAAAUAAUAUUUUUAGGCGCUCCUGGAGUCGGAAAAUCUAGUAUUGUCAAGCAAUUCGUUUGGAGUGAAUUUAACCAAGAUUAUAGACCGACGGAAAAAAAAGAAACUUAUUAUCAGAGUGUGGUUCUAGCUGAUAGACUUUAUGAAAUAAAAAUCACCGAUAUUCCAACUAUUCCAUAUUUCCCCAUUAACACACAAUUGGAAUGGACCGAUUUUCGAUAUUAUGGACUCAGAAGCGCUACUGCCUACGUACUUGUCUUUGAUCUUAAUAAUCAAGAUACAUUUCAGUAUAUAAGGAUGUUACGAGAACAAAUUUAUGAAGCACGAGAUAUGAGAGGAGUGCCUUUAUUGGUAGUUGGUAACAAACAAGAUAAACUUACGGCUCCUGCAGCUCCAGGAACAAGACAUAGGGAUAUUGUUAAUCUUGUUCGCAAACACUGGAGAUGCGGUUACGUCGAGUGCAGUGCAAAAUACAAUUGUCGAAUAAUUCAGGUUUUCAGGGAAAUAAUGAAAAGUAUUCAGGCCGUGGAGGGGAAGCCACCGUCACCAACACCGACAGCUUCUCAAACAAUGAGAGCCAAUCAACAAAACGUUCAUGAUAAAUGCGUUAUUCUUUGACAAUAAAACCAAUGUUUCUUUAUUUGAAGAAAGACAUUUUAUGACUGUGACAAAAAAAUGCUUUUAAAAUGUUUGAGUUUUCUUUUGCUAUGUCCAAUGAAAACUAAUUUUAUUAUAUUAUAAUCAUUCUGUAACCGUUUUUAUGUCUUUUUUCAAUUGCUUUUUUUAUUAUUAGUAUUACUAUUGUUAUUAUUGUUAUUAUUAUUAAUAUUAUUAGUAACAACGUGAAAUUACAAAUCCCACAAAUAGAAAUUUUCUAUUAAUGAACUAUCAAUAAGGGACAUUUUUCAAAAAUAAAAUUUUUUUCCUAAAUUUUUAUUACUUAGGGUACAAUCUCAUGUUUGCAGAAAGCGUAAAAUAAAUAGAAAAAUUUCACGAGAGUAGAAAGGAUAGAUCCUGACUGCCCCUAACACCUUAAUACUUGUACGAUCGUAAAAGAUUCUUCAGUAUUAGUAAUUAAUUUUUAUUCUCAUUUUUGAAACUAUCUAUAAAAAUUAAGAAAAUGAAUUAUAUAAAUUAUCUGCUAAAAAAUUAAAUUUUUAUUUGUGAAUGACAAUUUGUACAAAAAAUAAAAAAAAUCUUGCACAAAGCUCCAUUUUCGAUUAGACAAAAACAAAAAUAAUAUUAAUAAUUAUAAUAAUAUAAGAAAAAGUUUUUAUUAUAAGAUAUUAAAUCGAUAAUAUACAUACAUUAUACAUAAUUGAGAAAGUAAUUAUUGUUAAAUAAUUCAAAAAUUAUUUGACAAUUUGCUUUGUUAUAAACUGUUGCUACUCUCUAAGCUGUUAGAAAUGUUAAAGUAGUCGUUUUGUAAAAAUUUCUAUGAAACUAAUGACAAUUUCGAUAUAUUAAUGAAUCUCUGGCCUGUAAUGUUAUUUUGGCAAUAUAUCCCGUUUAGAAAUUUUGACUAGGCCCUGUUAUAGCAAUUUCAGCACCGGAUGAAUAGAAAAAAUGUAUCAUUGUGAAAGUUCGACAAAUUCAUUCAAUAAUGUUAGAAGAAUUGAUAAAGUGUCAUCAUUGAUUUACUUAUAAUUAAUUUUUCUUUUAAGAUAUCUUUUAUGUACAUUUAUUUUUUAUUGCAUAGGGAAGAUCAGGGCGUAUACUGGGCCACUUUUCACUUUUUGUUAUAUUAAAGAAGCAAUAACAACAAAUUGAAAAUUAUAAAACUUACUUUGAAGCAUAAAUUUAGUUUAUUCAUAUUAUUUUUCACAAUAAUAAAUAAAUUACAAACUUGGAGGAAAUUAAGUACAGUAAUUUAAAAAUAAAGCGUAAUUACUUAAACUUAUUGCAUUUAAAUACAUUAAAAUAAU